UGGAUAUCCAUUGUGAGGCGACUAUAUCCGAUAGUGAGUAGUCCCGAGUGCCGAAACGCAGACGCAGCGGAGAUUCGAGUCCCGAGGAGGUGUCUCCACCAUCCAUCUCCGUCUGACUUUUUCGCUGCCCUGAAUCUGACGGCCCACGUUCCUCUGCCAACCGCAGUAACUAUUCUCUAUUCCAACUCUCAAUUCCCAACAAACAAAACCACCCUCGCCACCCUCCCUCGCACGAUCACGUGGCUCCUAUCGCCGCCGACGUUCCGAGCCCUCUUCUCUCCUUAGCCAUCUGCUUGUUGUUCUUGAUAGACAUUUCCACAUUGAGAUAUUGAGUUGUGUGGGUAGUUCUUAUCAGUUUGGUGUGGAAGAUAACGCUGAUCACUUGACAUGGGUGCCGUGGUGAAUUCCAUAGAUAGAGACGACCGUAUUCCAAAAGAAGCCAAGGAAAUUCUACAAUCAUUGGCUACCAAGUGGGAAAAUGUAGAUGAUUCAACUGCGCUGCAGGUGAUCCCUCUCAAAGGCGCAAUGACCAACGAGGUGUUCCAGAUAAAGUGGCCGACAAGUACUGGGGAAGUCUCAUGCAAGGUUCUGGUUAGGAUUUACGGUGAGGGUGUUGAGGUGUUCUUUGACAGGGAUAAUGAGAUCCGGACUUUUGAAUACAUGUCAAAGAAUGGUCAGGGGCCUCGUCUGCUCGGGCGUUUUCCUAAUGGCCGAAUUGAAGAGUUCAUCCAUGCACGGACACUUUCAGCAUCUGAUCUACGUGAUCCAGAUAUAUCUGCUCUUAUAGCUACUAAAAUGAAGGAGUUCCAUGAUCUUGAGAUGCCUGGUCCAAAGGAUGUUGUCCUCUGGGGCAGAUUGAGAAAUUGGCUCAGUACGGCCAAGAAAUUGUGUAGUCCAGAAGAAGCUAAUGAAUUUCGGUUAGAUUCCAUUGAAGAAGAGAUCUCUAUACUGGAAAAGGAGCUAUCAGUGCCUAAUCAGCAGAUGGGUUUCUGUCACAAUGAUUUACAGUAUGGUAAUAUAAUGAUUGAGGAAGAGAGUAAAUCGAUAACGAUAAUUGACUAUGAGUAUGCAAGUUAUAAUCCUAUUGCAUUUGACAUAGCAAACCAUUUCUGUGAGAUGGCAGCUGAUUAUCACACAGAUACCCCUCAUAUUUUGGACUACAAUAAAUAUCCUGGCAUAGAGGAGCGCAAAAGGUUUGUUCGUGUGUAUCUGAGUUCUUCAGGAAAUCAACCUAGCGAUAAUGACUUAGAGCAGCUAGUUCAAGAAGUUGAGAAGUAUACCCUUCCAGAUCAUCUGUUCUGGGGAUUAUGGGGAAUAAUAUCGGAACAUGUGAAUGAUAUUGAUUUUGACUACUUGGAAUAUGCAAAGCAGAGGUUUCAGCAGUACUGGAGAACCAAGGCUUCACUAUUGGGUUCUGUUGGAUCUUCACCAGACACAGGGACUGAUGGUAACUGUGCUCUUUAGUUCUUUGUAUUCACUUGUAGUGAAUUAUGCAGUUGGUUAUGUAGAAGCACCUUUGGAUUUAUUACAUUGCAGACUAGAAAAUAUUGGUUGUUACAUGAUACUGGUUUUGUAGGAAAUAUCCCAAGUGUUCUCUUUUUCUUAUUUCGUUAGCAUCACCAUUUGGUUUGAUCUUUCA